UCAACUUGAACACUUGAAAACAGUUGUCUGGGGUUUCGUUUCGUUUUCACAGUUCUUGUAUUCUUGUAUAUGCUUUUGCGACCUUGGCGCUACUGUAUGUUUAAUUAAUUUCGAAAAUUGAUUUUAUUGUUUUAUUUUCAUUUUAUGAUUUCAACAUAUAGCCCUUACUUUUUAAUAAAUCAAUGGACCAUUUAAAAAAAAACUACUUUUAACCGCACAAUUGAUCUUAAAAGAAGUAAAUAUUUAUAAAAAAGAAAAAAACUUGGUUGACGUGUAAUAAUACUAAGUUCGUUGCCAUUUAUGGCUAGUGCCACUAACUAAAAUUCAUAAAGCAAUGAAUCAGACGCGAUAAGUCAAAUUAAGUCGAAUAUUAUUAUUAAUAAUGUGCAAUUGAUUGAAAAAGAAAUAAUAAAUUUAUUUCUUAAAUUUAUUGAAUCUGUGCGGUGCUACUGUGAUUUUAUGCUUAAAUUCAAUCACUGCUAUUUAUUGCAUCUAAUGGGAUCUAAAUUGACAAAUCAGGAAGAAACAUUCUACCUUUUGCAUACUUGUAAACCUGAAGCAUAUCCAUGACAAAAUAAAUCUAAUGGAUCUGUUCUUGACUACGUGUAAAUAAGAACACAAUUCAUUCAUAGCUGCCUUUUAACUAUCGAUUGCUUGACAAGACUUUCCGCAAUCAUAAUCAGUGCCUUGUACGCAUUCAAACUUUAUUGAAGCCUUACUGAAGUUCAUAUUAAGACAAUGAUUAUACAUUUCCUACACUAAUUUAAUCGUAAUUACUACUAACAAGUUCUAAGAGUGGUUCCAGAUGAGCAAAAUGUCUUCAAGCUCCGAGGAAAUAUGCAAAAAACUUACUGCAGUGCAACAAAAAUCUGCUCCACCGACAUUUCGUUCCCCUGGACACUCUUUAGCAAACGCUAACGCAAUAGUAACACCAAUCGUAAGUGUUUCGAAUCGCAGUGCACCGGUUGGAUCUACGAGUAUACCACCGCCUCUGAUAAAUUCAUUAGAACCGGAGCGAACAUAUGUUUUCCCAUCAACUGCAUCUGUUAACGUCGCCGGUAAUAAAGUAGAUGGAAUAACCGGCGUUGUUCACAAUGAACGCAAUAGACAAUCAUUAUUAGGAGCUGGAGGAACUUCAGCUCGUGGACACUCUCGUUCCGUUAGUCAUGGAGGUGGAUCCAUAUUGACUCCUAGUGGUAGACCAUUGAAAUCAGCUAUUAAAGGUCAUCAAAGGGCGUUUUCGCAGGGCCAGAUUGCUGAUUCACCUAACACAGUAAUCACGCGUGGUCAUAGUCGCGUCGGAUCUAAAACAGACUUUAUUCUUCCGCCCGGUCAUAAGGAAGAAAUAGGAAAUCGUGCCUUUGGACCAUCUGCCCCUUCUUCAGCGCAUGGAGGACAUUCAAGGCAAGCUUCAAGAUCAGAAUCGAUUUACACACUACGACGCACUGAAACGUCGUCGUGGUGGAAAAAGUUUGGCAUCUGCUCUAAAGAUAAGUUUGAAGAGCGUAGCUAUCGUAUCGUUGUUUGCAAUCACACAGUGCCACCAAAAACUCCUAAACGCGAUCAUCCAAACGGCCGUUAUGUUGGAAAUAAAAUACGGACCACUAAAUACACAUUUCUAUCCUUUAUACCAAAAAAUUUAUUGGAACAAUUUCAUCGAGUAGCAAAUUUAUAUUUUAUUUUCAUCGUUUUACUUAAUUGGUUUCCGGCAAUAAACGCUUUUGGCAAAGAAGUUGCAAUGAUACCAGUUCUUUUUGUACUUGGAGUGACUGCAAUUAAAGAUUUAUUUGAAGACCGGAGAAGAAGGCAUUCUGAUAAAAGAAUAAAUAAUACAACAUGCAGAGUUUAUGAUGGUGAAUCUGAAAGGUACAAAAAAAUAAAAUGGCAGGAUGUAGCCGUUGGUGACAUAAUUCAUUUGUCAAACAAUGAAACAGUGCCAGCAGACAUUCUUCUUCUUAGGACAAGUAAUCCUCAUGGUGUUUCUUAUAUUGACACUUGUGACUUGGAUGGUGAAACAAAUCUAAAAAGAAGAGAGGUCGUACGCGGAUUCACAGAUAAGCAGCCAAUAUUUUUUCCCAGUAAAUUUGUCAGUCGUGUUGAAGCUGAUGCUCCUACAACAAAACUGUAUCGAUUCCAUGGAGCGCUAAUUCAUCCGUCUGGGGAAAGAGUUCCAAUAUCUACGGAGAACCUUUUACUUCGCGAGAGUAGAUUGAAGAAUACUGAUUUCAUUGAAGGCUUCGUUGUUUAUGCUGGCCAUGAAACUAAAUCCAUGCUUAACAAUAGUGGGCCAAGGUAUAAGAGAUCUCAAGUAGAGCAACAAAUGAACAUAGAUGUCAUAUGGUGUGUUAUUAUCUUAUUAAUUUUAUGUGUAAUUGGUGCUGUGGGAUGUAAAAUGUGGCUCAGCUGUUUUCACAAAUUCCCCGUGCCUUAUUUGCCAUUCGAAGUUGAUCCAGACUAUGAAGGUCUACUUACAUUUUGGACGUAUAUCAUUAUAUUACAAGUUAUGAUCCCACUCUCUUUGUACGUCACUAUUGAAGUGUGUAAAAUACUUCAGGUUUAUCAUAUUCACAAUAAUAUUGAUCUUUUUGAUCAUGACACUAACAAAAAGACUGAAUGCCGCGCCAUGAACAUAACCGAAGAACUCGGACAAGUUCAGCAUAUAUUUUCGGAUAAAACCGGAACUUUAACGGAAAAUAAAAUGAUUUUUCGUCGGUGUACUAUUAACGGAAAUGACUACAACCAUCCAGCAUCUGAAAUGGAAAAACGAUAUAUGAAACCCGAUUCACCGGUUCCACCUCUCACGCCAAAUUCUAAUCUACUGGAAGAGAUGGAACAGUUAAUCUCCGGACAGUGUUUUUCGACGAAUGCUCAACGUAUCAAUGAAUUCCUUCUGGUAUUGGCUAUAUGUAAUACAGUUGUUGUCAGUACUCGACCACAUAGAGAUUUGAUGAAUGCGAGUGGAGUUAUCGAGAUACAUAAGCAACAGGAGGAAACCUUAUCAUCGCCAAAGUUCUCAGCAACCUCAAAUAAGAAAAUUGGAAUAAAAAGCCCAAUUUUGCCAAAAGGUGCACCUAUGGCAAUUUCUGCGGAUCGUUAUUCAAGACUUCAAGAAUCUCGAUCGAUCACACCGUCCCCGCCGCCAAACUUGUCAUUUACAUUACCAACUCAAAAUCACAUUCCUUCGUUAUCUCCUAUAAGUAGCUCUGCAGAAACAACGCCAACAUCUGAUAGUCCACCGGUGAAAAUAAAAUCGAAACGUUCUAAUUGUCUUUCUCCAACCGGGCGAGCAAAAGAAGUUAUUAACGGCAAAUUAAAAACCUUAACUUCAUUCCUGAAUACAAGAACUCCAGUUAAGCGCCUUACAAAUAAAUUAAAGCAAUCCAAAAUACAAACAGAAUUGCGAUUGGAUAAUACUCGUCCAAUUUAUGAAGCUGAGAGUCCUGAUGAGUUAGCUUUGGUUAACGCAGCAUAUAGCUACGACUGCUGUUUGAUCAACCGUAGUCCUAACCACAUUUUAGUCAGUACACCUGGAUCGGGAGUUGUUGAAUAUGAGGUCCUUAAGGUUCUUCCAUUCGACUCGAGUAGAAAGUGUAUGUCAAUCGUUGUACGACGAACAGGUGCACAAGAAAUCGUCCUCUACUGUAAGGGUGCUGACAGUUCAAUAUUUCCGGUUUUAUCGACAUCCUCGCCGCAAUCUGUUGAAUCCACUUUAAAAGAGAAAACACAACAGCAGCUUGACACUUAUGCGCGACAAGGCUUAAGAAUUCUAGUAAUGGCGAAAAGAAAUCUAAAUGCAGCCGAGUACACUGACUGGUGGGCAAGACACCAAGAAAUAGAAAUGUCGCUUGAAAAUCGCGAACGUAGGCUCCGGGAAUCAUUCGCGAAGUUAGAAACUAAUUUGACUUUACUAGGAGCUACUGGAAUAGAAGAUCGUUUGCAAGAAGGUGUUCCUGAAACCAUAUCGGCGCUUUUAUCGGCCGGUAUUUCCGUGUGGGUUCUUACUGGUGAUAAACCAGAAACAGCUAUAAAUGUCGCAUAUUCAGCUAAACUGUUUAAUUCUCAAAUGGAAAUAAUAAGAUUGAGUGCUCGAUCUAGAGAUGCAGCCGAAUCAGCAAUUAUGUUUUAUCUUUCUGAUAUAGAGACAACAAGGACAAACAACUAUGAAAUGAGCACACGAACGAAACCUAGAGCUCUAGUAGUUGACGGAAAGACACUGACUUUUAUUUUGGAUUUAAGAGCAAAUUUGACGAGAUCCUUUUUGAAGCUGGCCAAAAAUUGUACUUCGGUUUUGUGUUGCAGAUCAACGCCCUUGCAAAAGGCAUUUUUAGUUAAAGUUGUGAAAGAUGAGUUACAUAUAUGUACUUUGGCAAUUGGAGAUGGAGCUAAUGAUGUAUCUAUGAUUCAGAUGGCGGAUGUUGGCAUAGGUAUUUCUGGACAAGAAGGCAUGCAAGCUGUUAUGGCUGCAGAUUUUACGUUAGCACGAUUUAAGUACUUAGAAAGUUUGCUACUUACACAUGGAUAUUGGUCUUAUGAUCGUUUGGCACGAAUGAUUUUAUAUUUCUUUUACAAAAACGCGGCGUUUGUAUUUCUUUUAUUUUGGUUUCAACUUUACUGUGGCUUUUCUGGAUCCGUAAUGAUCGAUCAAAUGUAUUUGAUGUUAUACAAUUUGAUAUUUACAUCCCUACCACCUUUGGCAAUUGGAGUUUACGAUAAAAGAGUUCCUGAGGAAUUGCUGCUCAGUCAUCCAUAUCUAUAUAAACACGGACGACUGGGAAAUGCAUAUAAACCACACGAUUUCUGGAUCGUUCUCUUAGAUGCUUUAUAUCAGAGCUUAGUGAUAUUUUUUACAUCUCAAAGUGCAUACUGGGAUAGCGAUGUGGGUAUAUGGGAGUUUGGUACAACUAUAACUGCUUCUUGCCUUUUUACAAAUUUAAUACACGGGGCGAUAGAAAUUCGUUCUUGGACAAUCCUUCAUGUUUUAUCUAUGGUCAUGAGCCUAGGAUCAUUUUAUAUAUUCUCCUUUGUGUACAAUUCAUUAUGUGUUAACUGCUUUGGCCUGCCAUCGAGUUAUUGGGUGAUAUUUCAUUGUAUGGGAACUUCAAUUCAUUGGCUGGUUAUAUUAUUAUCAUCUGUAGUGAGCAUAAUGCCAAGAUUGUUCUUUAUGACAUUGAAGACAUCAUUAUGUCCAGACGUUGGAACAAAUGUGUUAAUGCAAAGUAAAAGAGCUCAAAGAAGAGGUGAGGAAUUGUUAGUUACUUGGUCAAGAUCGACAUCUGCUUCAUCGAUAUAUAGAAUCCCCAAUAUUGGGACUAAGAAUCAGGUUAUAACAUCAAUUACGUGAACAUCAUAAAGCUAUCAAGGCCAAUAAAAACAUCAUACGUUUCUUAAUUGAAAACAUAAUCACACCAAUUCAACAUUGCUGCUUACUUCAACACACAACACAUGACUCCUUGGUGCCUAAAAUGUUUCAUGAUGAUAUAAAGAAUCGACACUGCACAAUUAUGAACUUAUUUUCACAAACGUCAGAUUCUACUGCACCGUAGAAACAAUUUACACUUUUAACUUAUUUUGAAUGAGUAAUGAGUAAGUUAA